AUGUCAUACUUGUUACCGCAUUUGCACUCCGGAUGGGCCGUGGAUCAGGCCAUUCUCUCCGAGGAACUACGAGUUGUCGUCAUUCGCUUCGGCCACGAUUGGGAUGACACCUGCAUGCAGAUGGAUGAAGUGCUGGCAUCUGUUGCUGAAAAGAUAAAACAUUUCGCUGUGAUUUAUGUUGUGGAUAUCACUGAGGUGCCGGAUUUCAACACCAUGUAUGAGUUGUAUGACCCAUGCACUGUUAUGUUCUUUUUUAGGAACAAACAUAUUAUGAUGGACCUUGGAACUGGAAACAACAACAAGAUCAAUUGGGCUCUCAAAGACAAGCAAGAGUUCAUUGAUAUUGUGGAAACUGUCUACCGUGGUGCAAGGAAGGGACGUGGUCUUGUAAUUUCUCCCAAAGAUUACUCUACCAAGUACCGCUACUGA